GAGGUCUGAAAAGUUGUCUUUCAAAUUGUUUCCCUAAAAAGGAGUCCUCUAUGAAUUCCUGACUUGCAAACAAAUUUCUGAUCUAAACGGUUCCAACAACCAUUACAACAACAUAAGUGUCCAUGUCUUUAAUUUGAUUCUCCUCAUUUUAUGAUGCUGUUGGCUAAACGGAAAAAAGAACCUGUAGAAAAGGAAGAACAUGAGCAGCCGCCCAAAAUUAGCGCCUCUGUGGUGAUGCCUAUCCGUCAGACAGCUUCGAUUUUUAAACAGUCUGUAACUAUUGUCAAAAAUAUGGAAUCUAAGGCACGUACGGACAUAGUUCAGGGACCUCAAGAAAAACCUAAACAAGUAUUCUGGGAAAAAAGGCUUCAAGGAUUGAAUGCUUGUAACCAAAAAGGAAGAGUCAUUGAAACCUUUGAGUUGCCAUCAAAAAUUAAAGCUGUUGGGUUGCAAUUAGGUGAUGAAACUAUAUUAAGAAGUAUUACAACUGCUUUGCACUUAAAUGGCCAUCCUAUUACUGGACAGAAUAAACCAAGAGCUUUGCUGGAUAAAAGUCCUGGAGCUUUUAUCAAUCCUGCACAACCUUUAGUAUUGGGUCUUCAUGUUACAGAUGAAGACAUAGAAUUACAAGAAAAAAAGGUUCAUGAAGCUAGAGAAAGAUUAAAGGAAGCAUUAAAAGAUUAUUUUUGAACAAGUUCCUUGCUCAUGUGAUGCUCAUUAGUAUUGAUGUUUUUCCAAGUGAAAAAUACUGCUUAAGUAUGGAACAUUAUUUUUCAUUUUACUUGCAUUGAAAACGGAUCACCAGUCAUAUCAUGUAACCAUGCAUCAUAAAUCACCCAUAGUUUUUGUAAAUAUUUUCAUAAGCUGAAAAUCCAGUCAAGUACAAAUGUUUCACAUGUUUUCAUGUUUGUAAAUCUGUUAUUUAAAAUCAGAUGAAAACUGCUAUCAGAUGUUUUGUAAAUGUAAAUGGCUUGUAAAUAAAACUGA